UGAUUAGUCACUUAAAUAGAUGUAAAUGACUAAGAUGGAUGCUGUGAUACUUCAACUAAAAGAGCACUGUGUUUACCGUUCCUUAGCAAAACAUCUUCACAAUGAUCACCAUUCACUGCCAUGCUUUACAGUGUCUGCCUUAAUAGGAGCGAGGGCCUGGCUUACUAUUGUCUGCCUGGGCUCUGAGGGUUUGUGUGUUUCUAUCUCAGUAAGAGGGACAAUUGGGAUAAACAGCUCACAGAUGGACAUUGAGUUGAUGAUUCGGUCAGUUUGGAUUAUGUAAGUGGAGAGAAGUCGUAACUAAACUAAAUUGCAUGUGAGACAUCUGUAUGCUGUAGCGGUGGAGGUCCAAGGAGCCUAGAAAUAACUAAGUCAGAAAAAGACCCGAGGGGGGAUAGGAAGUGUGUGCAUCUCAAGAGGCUUGGGUCGCAGCAGGUGCUUCCUCUGACAGACACACACGCCCACCCGCUCCUUAUACUGACAUCUUCCUAGUCCAGUUAACCUUGCCACUCUUGCUCUCUCUCACACAAGCGCUCUAAGGCUGUGCCCUUGCCCAGAGAAACUGAAGAAUGGAAGGCUCCAGAAUCUCUCUCCAUCUUCUCUUCUUCCUUCUGAUUGGACAAGCUUCACACACCAGCAUUACUCAGCCUCAGACCACUAAUGCCAUAUAUCCAACUGACAUAACCUCCAUUACCCAAGAGGAAAACGACACCUCCAGCUCUCCCACAGAGGCCACCACGGGCUGCCUCAUCAAGCCCCAGUUGGGCUUCAUAGUGGUGACCUGCGCCGGGGGCCUGGUCCUAUUUCUGCUCGUCUCUACUGUGGUCCUGGCCUCCCAGGUGUGCAGUCUUAGGCGCCAGGCCCGUGCCCCUCGCCCCGCCCGCAGUAACGUGGACCUGGUGAGUGGCGCGGGCUACUGGGACACGGAGCACUCUGAGGGGGGCAUAGUGGGGCCCUGCGAUACCAGUGUCAUGUUGGAGGAGGUACGUGGGGAUGGAGAAGAGGAUGAAGAGCAGGGGGAAGAAGAGGAGGAGGAACGGGAGGAGGAGCAGGCAGAAGGGGUCAGGGGCCAAACGGGGGAUGCGGGAACAACUGGCGAAAUGGCCAUGCAGAUGCAGAGUUCCAGCUCCAGGGAUUUGUGUCUGGAAAUCCCCCAGGAUCUAGAGAACAUGCCCCUAGUGGUGUGAGUAGAGCAUUGCAUGCACUCCCUCUCCAGCCUCAGAGAGCCAUGGCCUGGCUCGGAGCUGAACUUCACUCAGGCAUAGAUCAACAGGCCAGAUCAGCUCCAGUCUUGUGCCUCAAGUCAAAACAAAGAGUAUUUGUUCUUUUUAUAAGUACUCCAGCUAUAUGUAAUCAAUUUUAGGAGCUUUUACAUAUUUGCUUUGUAAACUGCAUUAAUCUGAUGUAAUUUGGAAUGAUUUUGUCUCAAAUUGAUUUCUAUAGAGAACAUUUGAAUAGGCUGUUGGGAGCAGGAAGACAUUCAUUUGAAAUGAUGUGCUACGAACAGCACACUACUGCCAACUGCCCAAGUUAAUUACACUUACUACGAAGGCUAAGGAUCUUAUCCAGAGUGACUUACAGGAGCAACUAGGGUAAAGUGCCUUGCACAAGGGCAUAUUGACAGAUUAAAAACAGUGACCUUUCGGUUACUGGCUCAAUGCUCUUAACUGCCCAAUUCGAUCAUAUUAGCAGUACACUAUGCCAACUUCACAUAAUGGCAGAGGUACUGAGAAUAUUUGAUUAACUAAGUGUAACAAAAGGGUAUUAAGCUUACAUAGAAAGUAUCUUUUGUUGAAGUCAAAUUGAGAUAAUUAGUUUUGGACUGGUUGUAAACUCAACUACAAUAUGUAAUAGAAUGGAAUCCCCGUCUCUAUUGACACUGUUGGCUAAAAGAUUCCUUCUCAGCAAACAAGCACUCAAACAUUUUCUCCCAUAUAUAUAACUGAAUGUGGUCGCUUCUCCCUAAGACAUUAAAUGUCAAACAUUUUAUAAUUUUUGUUGUCCAAUCUAAACUGUCCUGUCUACCUGUAUUAAAAAAUAUAAGAAUAAAACACACUCAAAUAUGCCAACAUGCUAGCUCGUCAGAUGUGAGUUCAGUUAAAAUGAUUACUUUCCACCAACAUGAUGUGAUUCCAUGCACAAAUACUAUACCAAAGGUAAACUUUGAACAUCUUGUUGCCAUCAGUGGCUGGGCACAGAGAUGGCAUUGGGCCUGCCAAGCCGACUUGUUACAUUAUUAAGUCUCCCCCUCAACUUUCACGUGUCAGUCAAGCAGUCACAGAACUCCUAACUCUUUUGUUUCCACUCCUCUCUACUAAAAGUCUAACUUCUUUUCUCUUUUCUGUAAAAACACAAUAUUUGUUUAAAUGCCACAACCCAAAUAAAUGGCAGUUUUGUGAACGUGUUAA